ACACUCUUUUCUAUUUCAGAAAUAAUAGAAAAGAGAAAGUUCCAGAGCUGGAUGAUGAAAAAUCUCCUGGUUUCUAUGCUUGUCUUGAGAAUGGAUCCUUCUUUUGCAUAGUUCCAAAUUCGUGAAACUUGUCAUCAGCAAAGGAUCAUCUUUUCUCCUUGGAUGGAUUGAUUAUUACUGGUGUGUGUUCAAUGGGACUUCGAAUUCACUUUGUGGUUGACCCUCAGGGUUGGUGCUGCAUGGGCCUGAUAAUCUUUGUUUGGCUGUACAAUACAAUCUUCAUUCCAAAAGUCAUCCUUUUUCCUCACUAUGAAGAGGGGCAUAUUUCAGCUGUGGCAAUUUUGUGUUAUUACCUCUGCUCAUUAUUUUGUAUAGCUUCUUUAGUAAGAGCCUCAGUUGCUGAUCCAGGAAGGCUACCUGAAAACCCAAAGAUUCCAAUUACAGAAAGAGAAUUUUGGGAAUUAUGUACCAAAUGCAAUAUGAUGAGACCAAAGCGUUCACACCACUGUAGUCGUUGUGGACAUUGCGUGAGGAGGAUGGAUCACCAUUGUCCAUGGAUUAAUAAUUGUGUUGGUGAAGACAAUCAUUGGCUGUUUUUACAGCUGUGUUUCUACACUCAAAUUCUUAGUUCCUAUACGCUGCUACUUGAUUUCUGCCAUUACUACUACUUUUUGCCUCUGAAAAAAGAUAACUGGGUAAGAAUUUCUUUUCUCCCCAAACUGAAUUAGUGGAUAGUAGUGUAA